GGAAACAUGAACAAAAUCUUUCUCGGAAUCUUUGCAGUUGACUUGUCCACGCUUUAUCUCUCAGGUCAGGCGCUGCAGUGUUAUGAGUGCAAACUGGGUUUCUGGUAUCUUUGCAUUACAAGCAAAAAGACAUGUGAUGCUGGUGAGCACUGCUUCAGCGGAAUAGGGAAAGCUGGUGGAUUAGUGGAUAUUAAGAUGAAAGGAUGUCUUGAAGUGUCCAAUUGCAACAAAACUGUAGAGGCGAAUUUCCCGUCCAACUCAAGCACCAAGGUAUACCAAAUGAAGAAGAUGUGCUGCUCUACUGACCUGUGUAACUCGGCUCCGGGUCACUUUCACAUGUCUGCUGUCAGCAUGGCCUUCGCUACCAUCAACUCUGUGUUCACGGUCAAAUUCCUCAUUUGAGGAGGAUUAUUUUAGCUCACACACAAUAAAUAUAUAUAUACAACAACAUCACUGAGCAAAUCAUGCUUACUAAACAAGCCAAAUUAAUUUGUUGCAAAAUAAUUUAUGGAAUGAAUACUCAAGAUAGGUCACGCACUGGAAUUUAAAAAG